CUGCUGUGUUCUUAACAGAUAGACUGCUUAGACCAGACCCUGAACUGUUGAAUAAAAUGUUUCACAUGUUUGUUUUGUUCUGUCUGUGCUGGUGGAGUCUAAUUGGUGUCUUUAGUGAGUCAUUGUUUUUGAUGGAGGGAGAUUCUGUUACUCUACACACUGAUCUUACUGAAAUACCUGAGGACGACGAAAUACUGUGGAAUUUUGGGUCUGAAAGGUCACUCAUAGCUGAAAUCAGUAAAACUGCUGGAAUCUUCUCCACAUAUGGUGAUGUUCUUGAUGGGAGAUUCAGAGACAGACUAAAGCUGGACAAAAAAACUGGAUCUCUGACCAUCACAAACAUCACAACUCAACAUGCUGGACGUUAUGAAGUACUGAUAAAUGGAGCUAAACUGACAUCAAAAGCAUUCAGUGUUUCUGUCUAUGCUCAUCUGCCUGUUCCUAACAUUAUCAGAGACUGCUCUGCAUCGUCAUCGAAGGAGAGUUGUUCAUUGGUGUGUUCAGCUGUGAAUGUGAGUGAUGUGACUCUCUCCUGGUACAAAGGAAACAGUUUAUUGUCCAGCAUCAGUGUGUCUGGUCUCAGCAUCAGUCUCUCUCUACCUCUGGAGGUGGAAUAUCAGGAUAAAAACACCUACAGCUGUGUGAUCAACAAUCCCAUCAACAACCAGACCACACAUCUCAACAUAACCGAGCACUGUCAGCCAUGUGCAGAUCAGGGUCUACCUUCAUCUUAUAUAGUGGUGAUCUCUAUUCCUGUUGCUGUAUCUCUGUUGAUUGUUGCUGCAGUCGUGUUCUUCUGGAUUUACAAGAAAUGUAGAAAAACUGAUCAAGAAGGAAACAGCAUCUUCUCGACACGUCUACAACAGGAACUAGCGGAAGGGUUUGAGGUCAGGUCAAAGUAG